UCUAGCCCUACGAGUUUCACUUCAUGAAAUUGGAUAAGUAAGCUCUUAACUCUGAUUACGUUUUGCAAUUUCACUGAAAAUUAGCACUACUUUGUUUAAGGAGGUGAAGGUGCCAGCGGUAUAUAAAAGAGAUCAACUUUCGAAAAUGGUUGGGAUGAAGCCACGAUUUCUAAACUUUUUAAUUCUGAUUGUCCCAUUCGUUGAGGUCAUCAAUAGUUUAGUCGAACGUGCCGAUAUGUUUCGAUUCGGACGCGUCAAUAACGAUACGGAAUACAUGGGUCAUCAUGUCUACCGAGCGGUACCGCUGACGCAAGGGUUCAAAUAUUUCAAUACUGUUUACAACACCUUGUACAUUCAUGAUCAAGGAAUCAUCUCAUUUAAAGAUGAACCGUUAAGUAUGACUCCGAGAUGCGAACAAUCCUCUGAUCCUGCCAUCUACCCGUUUUGGGCUCAUAAUUUAGCUACCAUAGAAGGACAAAUUUUCUACCGACAGACCAAUAAUUCCAUCGAGACUGCCAAAGCAUCUGACGAAGUUAAUAUUGCCUUUCCGCGAUUAGGGCCGUUGAGGAUGCAAUGGGUCUUAAUCGUUACCUGGGAGGAUACCACGCCACACGGAAAUAUGGCGGAAUGUGUCAUGGCAAACAACACUUUUCAAGCGAUUUUAACCACAGAUGGGGUUUACUCCUUUGUAAUCGUCUACUAUAAUCAGAUACAGUACACCACGGACCAUUUUCUUGGACCAGACUGUAGCACCGAUAAUGUCCGAGGUCAUGCCAGGGUAGGAAUCAAUUUCGGAAUUUUAAAUCAAUACCUUAACGUGCAGGGGUCUUGUACUCGAAGUAUCGCAAAUAUUGGGCACUCCACGAAUGUCUGUUGGCCUGGAAAGUAUGUCUUCAAGGUGGAAAAGUUUGUCCCCUUCUUUGAAAUUCUACCUCUUUCGAGUUAAAUUAUUAGCAAUGGGAAUAUUUCACGUAGUGAUUUUCCAGCGAAUCAAUAAACGUUUUGAAACUUGGUAAUAUUGUUCAAUCACAAUUUUAUCUUGCAAAUAAAAAUUUUAUUA